UCAUCCCGGCAUCGCUUUCCCCCCGCUCUCACCACCCCACCUGCGUCCCCGAGGCCGGCCCCCGCGCGCGCUCCGUCGCCGCAUCAUCGGAAUCUCCUUCCGUCCCUCCCGAGUUUGCAGGGCACAGUCGCUGAAUUUUUUGGUUAUCUGCUUCAAGCAUAAGUGGACCAUUACUUUUGAUGUACUGAACAUCUCUCUUGGACAAAUGAAAGCCUUGGUGCUUGGUUAUUCUUAAGCAUAGAGUUGUUACUGCUUUGUGAACAAACACCAUAAAUAUACCUAGAGCACUGGAAAAUGGAUCGUAGAGAUACUUCAGGUUUUGUCAGUGGAGGUUGCAAAGAUACAACGAGCUGCAUUACCCUAGGAUUUCUAACUUUUUAGCUUUGUUAACCAUUAUUUAAUCCGGAAGUGAGGGCCUUUGGUACUUUACCAUAAAAUUGGCUGCGUUUUGUCUGCUGAGGAAUUCUUUAGCAAUGGACCCCAGGCUUGGGCGGUCAGCAUUUAUAAAUUUCUCAAAUCCAAAUGCGUACCUGAGCAAGUUCCCUGUCAUGUCCACAGUCAGCCAUCCAACAGCUUCUAGUCAAAUUGAUGUGCUAGCUCAGUGCAAUUCUUACAACCUGGCUAGAGGGACCAAGAGAAAAUUUGAUGGCUUGUCACUAGGUCUGGGCAACUCAUCAAGCUCGGAAUCUAGCAAGCAAAGCAUGGGUACUGGCUGCACCAUAUCUUCUGCUAAGGGUAGUGAUGAUGGAUCUUCUAUUGAUCUGGAUUUGAAUCAUUUUACGCUGGGAAAUGAAGGUACUUCCAGGCUUGAUAAGAGGGCCUGUGAUUCUAGGAAGGCUUUUGGUAAUGUUGGUUUAAAUCUUGAGCUGUCUUUAUCAUCCCAGUCUGCUAUUACUGGUGCAGACUUCACUGCAGCGACUGAAUAUGAUAGCCCAAGUCUGCAGCCAUACUAUAUGGAAUUAGUGCCAACAGUUGAUGAAGGAUCUACAUCUGCCCGUCGACCAUCUGGUUGUCAGGUACUUUCUUUCCUCAAUAAGACUGCGAAGGUGACUGAUUUAUCUCCAAGGGAAGUUUUCCCAGGUAGCUCUAACCAGACACAAGGUCCAGCACCAAUGUCAACAGUGCUUCAACUGCCAAAAAGUCCAGUAGCCUGUACUUCCGGUAUUGCUCGUCCACAGCAGCGUAUCAGUAGUAACACAAAAAAUUGUACAUACCCAGGAUGUAUGAAAGGAGCCAGAGGUUCUUCAGGUCAUUGCAUCGCGCACGGCGGGGGUAGAAGGUGCCAGAAAGAUGGUUGUGGCAAGGGAGCUGAGGGCAAGACUAUAUUCUGUAAGGCUCAUGGAGGGGGGAGGCGGUGCGACUACCUUGGAUGCACCAAGAGUGCUGAAGGUCGUACUGAUUUCUGCAUAGCUCACGGCGGUGGCCGUCGUUGUAGCCAUGAUGGAUGCAAAAGAGCAGCAAGAGGGAAAUCUGGUCGUUGUAUUAAACAUGGUGGUGGAAAAAGGUGUCAGUAUGAAGGCUGUAAAAAGAGUGCAGAAGGGCGCUCAGGGUUGUGCAUUGCUCAUGGAGGUGGGCGCCGCUGUCAGCAUGUUGAUUGCGGAAAAGGAGCUCAAGGCAGUACUAACUUCUGCAAGGCUCAUGGUGGUGGGAAAAGAUGCACACACCCUGAUUGUACAAAGGGUGCCGAGGGAAGUACACCAUUCUGCAAAGGACAUGGAGGAGGCAAACGCUGUUCAGCUGACGGUUGUACAAAGAGCGUGCACGGUGGAACCCUUUGUUGUGUUGCCCAUGGAGGUGGGAAGAGGUGUGUGGUAGAAGGAUGCACAAAGAGUGCAAGAGGCCGUACGGAUCGCUGUGUUGGCCAUGGUGGGGGCAAGAGAUGCCAAUCUUCUGGUUGUGAUAAGAGUGCACAGGGAAGCACAAACUUUUGCAAGGCACAUGGAGGUGGCAAACGUUGCUUGUGGGGUCAUGAAGGAUCUAACCAUGGAGCCGGUGAUCCCCCCUGUGAGCGUCUGGCUAGAGGCAAGAAAGGCCUGUGCAUUUAUCACAAUCCGCAGCUGGAUGAAACUCGUGUCCAUGGCGGUUUCAGCGUUGUCAGCGAUGAGCUUUCUCAGGGCGAUCGACCAUUGGGCACCGAAACAACCAGGCACAGCAUUUUCUCUCAUUCUGUGGAGGCUCCUCCUCGUCGUGUGGCAGCCCCAGCUCCUGAGGGUCGGGUGCACGGUGGCAACAUCCUUCUGUCAAUGUUUGCAAAUGGCAUGAGCCUGGGAAUGCAACCCACCAAUCAAGCCGAGGCUAGUAGCUCUGCACCUCGCAACCGAAAAUCCACCAAUGGCAUGGCGACUGGCACCUCUGCUCAUCACAGUUGGCUGUAGAGCCCUUAAAAUCGCCUUUUGCUCUCCAUUUCAGUAUGCAUAUGCUAUGCUCUGGACCAUCUAUCUGGCAAGUGUCUUCUCUUCUUAUCCUGGGCUGUGAAAGCUAUUUUGUGUGAGAUUGUGUGAACUGUUGUGUCAUGAUUUGUUAGUAAUGUUGUGAACUUGUGAUAUAUUGAUCUGUGUUCACUGUAAUAAUCGCCUGUGUGAGAUAAAUAAAGGAGGGGAAUGUUACAUAUUAGAUGCUCGAGUGUGGAUCUCACACCUUGUAAACUUUGUGGUCACCCCAUUUAUCAGUUCAGAAUCUGUCAUGCGUUCAGUAAAUCUAUGUAACAUCUUUGAAACUCUUUCAUGUUCUUGCUACCGCUGCGCACAGCGUUUGCUGACCUCCCAUUCGAUAUUCUGAUAUUAAACAAAGAAAUCUCAAAAGUUA